AUGCCUGAUACGCUGGAGGAUGCGGGUCCUUCCACGGUAUCGCUACGAAUCUGUAUGGAAGGCCAUGCGAAUGCCUUGGCCCUAAACAAGGAGCAUAAUCAAAUUGCAGUUGCCGGACGCAGCUUGCUCAAAGUCUAUUCGAUUGACGCUGAAAGCUUCACGGAGGUGUGCAAUAUGCGAGUCGGCAAGAAUCAAAAUCUCAGCUAUUCCUCCAAUGAUGUGGCUUGGAGCACAUUGGAUAGCAAUAUUUUGGCCACGGCAGCCACCAAUGGCGUUGUCUCCGUGUGGGAUCUUUCCAAGUUUGGACGGCAAAAGCAGCUGCUCGUUUACAAUGAGCACGAGCGUACCGCUCAUACAGUGACGUUUCAUAGCACAGAAGGGAAUAUAUUGAUAUCUGGCUCACAGGAUGGUACCAUCAAGUGCUUCGACAUACGCUUCGAUACGUCGGUGAACACAUAUUUCAGCAACUCGGAGUCCGUGCGCGAUCUCAAGUUCUCACCGCACUCGCCGAAUGUAUUUUCUGCCGUAUCAGAGAAUGGAACCGUUCAGUUGUGGGACAUGCGCAAGUGGGACAAGUGCAUGGUUCAGUUCACGGCGCACAGUGGACCCAUUUACACGUGCGAUUGGCAUCCCACGCGCAAUUGGCUGGCUACCGGCAGCCGGGAUAAGCAGAUAAAGGUGUGGAAUAUGGAUGGACGCGCCAGCUUGGAGUACACCAUACAUACGAUUGCCGUAGUUGGCCGUGUUAAAUGGCGGCCAGAGCGAACCUAUCACAUAGCCAGCUGCGCGCUCGUGGUGGACUACAGCAUACACGUGUGGGAUAUACGUCGUCCCUACAUACCCUUUGCCUCCUUUAAUGACCACACAAACGUCACCACGGACAUUGCUUGGCAGGGCAGUGAUUCGCAUUGCUUGCUCUCUACAAGCAAGGACUCCAGCAUAUAUAAGCACGCUUUUAAAGAUGCUACACGUCCGGCUUUGAAGGCCAAUGCACAGGGCGCCAGCUUGGGCAGACAUGGAGACAUCUCAUUUGCCAAUAAAAUCAAGGAAUACGCAAUUAAGUCGAGUGGCUUAUCCAAUACUAAAAGUACCAACUUUAUAAGUCGCCGUAAAUCAAAUAUGCCCGGGAAUAUUCAAUUUCAUCUGGACCAUUCCAAGAUGUACAUGUUUAUGCUCAAGAAUGUGAACAUGGACUUAGGCCCUGAAUUUCCCGCGCACGAUACUACCACAGAGCUGCGGGUGCACGAAGUCUUCAUUGGCUGCGCCCGGGAACUGCUGCUGAGCGGCAAGAAACUGGCCGAGUUGUGCGAACACAAUGCGGAAGUCUCUCGGAAAUACGGAAAAUAUAAUGCUACCACACUGUGGAACUUCAUUAAACUCUUUUAUGGCACCAAACACUUUGAGCCACCCUUCGAGCAUCGCUCCUCGUUCUCCAAUCAAAAGAAUCCCAUUACCUCGCGUCGUGCUGCACAAGUGGCCAGCGAUUGGACGCCACACGAUCAGGGUCAGGAGAUGAAUGGCAAUAGCCAAGAGACACAACUGGAAGCAGCCGAUGCCAGUGACGAUGGAGAUGAGCUGGCUGUCGGUGGCAAACAAAAUCCGCCGCCAACCAGUUCGGUGAUACUCUCUGAAACGCAAAUCAUUAGUGAGAUUACGUUUGAUAACUUUGAGCUGUUGCGCAAUGGGUUUAUUUAUGUCGGACCCGCGGACUUAACAAAAGCUCUGGCAUUACCGGACACGGCGUUGCAUCAUGAUGUACAAGCAGUUCGUUCACAGCUGGAUCUCAAGGCAUCCGAACAUGAAAAAUCUCCGCCUCCUCAAGUGCCGAGUAUAUUGAAGGUGAGCCAUGUGCCGCCCAUACCCAUGUGGGAGCCACAUCAAUUCGUGGUAGAUGCCCUGAUGCUGCAGAACGAUGUGGGCGAUGUGCAAACCGCUCUGACCAUAUUAAUUGUUAUGGGCGAGGCACGCCAGCUGCUGCCCAUUGAAGAUGUCGUGGUGGAACACUGGUUUCACACCUACGUGGAUCAGCUGCAUCGCUACGAACUCUGGAACGAGGCCUGUGAGGUGAUUAAUCGCGCCUGGGUGCGCUCCGUGCAGCAACUGAACCAACAGUCAACAGUCAUGCCAACCAACUGCGGCGAAUGUGGCCGACCGCUGGGCGGCGCUGUGGGCUGGUACUGUGACAAGUGCAAGUCUAUGCAAUCGGCUAAGUGCACCGUCUGUAAUCUAAUUGUGCGUGGCGUGUAUGCUUGGUGUCAGGGCUGCUCCCAUGGCGGUCAUAUCGACCAUUUGCAGCAGUACUUUGCCAAGCAUUCGAAGUGCGCCAAAUGUGGACAUUUGUGCGCGUUUUCCUGACACCCAGAUGAAUUCUACGCUUAAGCCGAAUAGUAAGCGCAGCUAAAGUUGCGCAAGAUGCGUGUUCAGAUGUGAUGA